AAGCAAGUCAAGCGUGACCGCAUCAAGAAGAUCAAUGAGCUUCUUAAGGUCUACGAUGGAUCCUCCGUGGCCUCUGACUUGGCGCAGGUCAAGUCCCUCACCGAAGAGAAGGAGCGUUUGGGCAAGGAGCUCGACGCCGAGCGCCCCUUGGAGGAUCAGGUCGCCUCCCUCACCACGAGGCUGCGGAACUCCCGUGCCAAGGCCAAGCGCCUUGGCGAGGAGCACGUUCAGAAGCAGCUGGUCAUCGACGAGCCGGUUGCCAAGCAGACGGUGCUCCAGGAUUCCCUGGCCGUGGCACAUGCCGAAGUCGCGCGGCUGGAGGAGGAGGUCCAGCGUUUGGGCGCCGACCGAGCCCCCUCGCCCACGGCUGGAAAGCCUACGCUCCAUGAGCUGCUGCCGAAGGUCUCGGUCAACGUCCCGCAGCUUGGCGAGUUGGCCGUGGAGCUCGGCCUGGACCCCAGCCUUCUGGCACAGCUGGAGACGGCGGCCAAAGUCUUCGGGGGGCUCCAUGAGCUUCCCCAGGCGAAGCCGCCGGCGGCACAGGCGCAGGCCCUCGCUGAGGAAGCCGCCAGAGACGACAUGGAGAUCGACAUCGACCUCAUGGAGUCCGCCGAGCUGCGGGAGGCGUUGGAGGCGGCAGGCCUCAUGCAGCCAGACGAUGCCACCGACGCGGACAUGCGGGCGGCGCACAAGCGUGUCCUUGACCCCUUUACGCACGCGGCUACGGCGCACAAGAG